AUGGGGAGGGCGCCGUGCUGCGAGAAGGUGGGGCUGAAGCGGGGGAGGUGGACGGCGGAGGAGGACGACAUACUCGCAAACUACAUUGCCAAGCACGGCGAGGGCUCAUGGAGGUCUCUUCCCAAGAAUGCAGGGCUACUGAGGUGUGGCAAGAGCUGCAGGCUGCGGUGGAUCAACUACCUCAGAGACGGGGUGAGGAGAGGCAACAUCUCCAAGGAGGAGGACGACCUCAUCGUCAAACUUCAUGCCACCCUUGGCAACAGAUGGUCCCUGAUCGCGAGCCACCUACCAGGGCGAACAGACAACGAAAUAAAGAAUUACUGGAACUCGCAUCUCAGCCGGCAGAUCCACACCUUCCGGAGGAUCUACACCGCCGUCAGCGACACCGCCAUAACCGUCGACGUCAACAAGCUUUCCGCCGCCGGCAAGCGGCGCGGCGGCCGCACCCCUGGCCAGUCGCCAAGGAGCAGCACAAAGAAGAAGCCGGUGCCGGAGCCCAUCACCAAGGCGAAGGACGAAUCUAGCCCGGCCGGCGCUGCGUCAUCAGUGUCAAGCUCACCUCACAGCGACGAGGCUAGAAGCGCGGUGGUCGACCCGGACCAGAAUCAGCCCAACAACAGCAUCAGUGUCAGCCACACUUCUGAUGGGCCCUGCAGCGAGGAUGGGACGUGGCCCAUGGUCAUGGACCCUGUUGAUCAGACUGGUGUCCUCGAGGCGAACUGCACUGUGGAUCAGCAGAUGGGGCUCUGGGAAGUGAACAGCUCAAUGAAUCAGAUUGGGAUCAUGGAGGACGAGAGCGAGAUGCAGGCACUCCUGUCCAGCAGCGUUACAGCAGAGAAUGGGCUUGUUGGCAUCGAUCCUGGAGGCCUGUCACAGGUGGACGAUCUCUUGGACAUGGACUGGGAGGGGUUUGCAUCCCAUCUAUGGGACCAGCCAGCCCAGAAUGGCCUUCUACAGCCCGCUGAGCCGCAGGCGGCGAAGGGCUCCGAGUCGGACGAGCUGGAGUCGUUCGUCAGUUGGCUCCUCUCCGACGCGUGCUGA